AUGGGGCCGGGUGACUCGGCGGCGCGGCUGUACCGGCCCAAGAUGGCGGCGGCGCUGCUGACCGCCACGCUGGCCUCGCUCUUCCUCACCUUCCACGUGCUGUACGACGGCGCCGUGUACAGCGUGGAGGCGGAGCCCUCGGCCCGGGGGCGGCAGCACGACGCGCCGCCGCCGGGCAAGAUGCACUUCCCGCGCACGCACCGCCGCCUGCCGCAGGCGCUCAUCAUCGGCGUGCGCAAGUGCGGCACGCGCGCGCUGCUCGAGAUGCUGGCGCUGCACCCGCGCGUGCAGAAGGCGGCCGGCGAGGCGCACUUCUUCGACCGCGACGACAACUACAGCCGCGGCCUGGAGUGGUACCGCCGCAAGAUGCCCUACUCCUUCGGCGACCAGAUCACCAUCGAGAAGAGCCCCAGCUACUUCAUCACGCCCGAGGUGCCGGAGCGCGUGCGCGCCAUGAACAGCAGCGUGAAGCUGCUGCUGAUAGUUCGGGAACCGCUGACGCGCGCCGUGUCCGACUACCUGCAGCUGCGCAGCCACGCGGCCACGGCCCCCACGGCGCCGCGCUCCUUCGAGCAGCUCGCGCUGCGCCCCGACGGCUCCGUGAACCUCGCCUACCGCCCCAUAGCCAUCUCGCUGUACCACGCCUUCACGCACCGCUGGCUGGAGGUGUUCGACCGCGCGCAGCUGCUCGUCGUCAACGGCGACCAGCUGAUCCGCGACCCGCUGCCCGAGCUGGAGCGCGUCGAGGCGUUCCUGGGGCUGGAGCCGCGCCUGGGCCGCCACAACUUCUACUUCAACCGCACCAAGGGCUUCUACUGCCUGCGCAACGACACGCAGGACAAGUGCCUGCGCGAGAGCAAGGGCCGGCCGCACCCCAGGGUGGACCCUCGCGCCUCCGCCCGGCUGCGGCGCUUCUUCGCCGAGCACAACCAGCGCUUCUACGACCUGGUGGGCGAGGACCUGGGCUGGCCCGAGGAGUAG